GAUUUCAUUUCAUCUCAUUCCCUAAGAUAAAAGUAUCAAAAUCCCAUUCAAAUUUGUUCGUAGGUAGAUGUGCAUCCAAUCGCGAAUUUCUUCAACUUUCACUAUCAACCCAGAGAAUCUCUCACCUUUUUCUGCGUUCCCACUUCAUUCCACUGUUUCAAAUCCAUUGCAGUAGCGCCACCCCCACCACUCUCGCUUAGAUAUUUGUCGCUUUUUCCAUUACCCCUCUUCACCAGGAAGCUGAGACAGGCGCGGAGGCAAGACCAGGGAGCUCAGAUAGUCAACUACCUUGUCGCCCGAGAAUUUCCCAGUGGUUGACCUGUUGACUCCCUCAUACGCUUUUGAUAUCUUCAUCUGAGGAAGAGUUUUGCAUUUUGAUCUUAUGAGUGAACAUCGUAUUGGAAAGCAUUUAACAACAGCAUUUGUUCUGGUCUUGAAGAAGUCUCACAAUACUAUCUUCCUCCAAGUCAUUCGGUGUCGGAUCCGACGCUUUGCUACUGAAAGAUUUGAAAGACAAAUAAGAUGGGUAACCUGUUCUGCUGCAUUCAAGUUGACCAGUCCACAGUAGCUAUUAAGGAGAGAUUUGGCAAGUUUCAAGAAGUAAUGGAACCUGGGUGCCAUUGUCUUCCUUGGUUUCUCGGAAGUCAGCUCGCUGGCCAUCUCUCACUCCGAUUGCAGCAGUUGGAUGUGAAAUGCGAAACCAAAACCAAGGACAAUGUGUUUGUCAAUGUUGUUGCAUCUGUGCAAUACCGACCCCUUGCAAACAAAGCAAGUGAUGCCUUUUACAAGCUCAGCAACACAAGGAGUCAGAUCCAGGCUUAUGUGUUUGAUGUGAUCAGAGCUAGUGUUCCAAAGCUAAACUUGGAUGACGCUUUUGAGCAGAAGAAUGAAAUUGCCAAAGCUGUUGAAGAUGAACUUGAAAAGGCUAUGUCUGCUUAUGGAUACGAGAUUGUGCAAACCCUUAUUGUUGACAUUGAACCAGAUGAGCGUGUCAAGCGAGCUAUGAAUGAAAUCAAUGCUGCUGCAAGAAUGAGGGUUGCAGCAAACGAGAAGGCUGAAGCGGAAAAGAUUCUGCAAAUCAAGAGAGCUGAAGGCGAGGCUGAGUCCAAGUACCUUUCUGGGUUGGGUAUUGCUCGCCAGCGUCAGGCCAUUGUGGAUGGUUUAAGAGAUAGUGUGCUUGACUUCUCAGAGAACGUCCCAGGAACCACUGCAAAGGAUGUAAUGGACAUGGUUCUCGUGACUCAAUACUUUGACACCAUGAAGGAAAUUGGUGCAACAUCAAAAUCUUCUGCUGUGUUCAUUCCCCAUGCUCCUGGUGCAAUCCGUGAUGUGGCCACCCAGAUCCGUGAUGGUCUUCUUCAAGCGUCGACACAUCAGUGAUUGUUCUAGUAUAAGUCAGUUAUGACCUCUAAAUAAUUGAGAUAAUGAACUAUUCUGUCUUAGCCAAUGUAGAUAUUUGCUUCAGAGUGCUAGAAGCUAAAAGGUUUAUAGGGUGAUUUAUGCUUUUAUAUAUUCGGUUCUCAUAUCUGACAAUUUGGUACUGUAAAUAUUCACCUUAAUGAAUGAUCUACUUAAGAAGUUA